GUUCCACUCUCCUGUCCCUCGCCGUCUACAUUUUUUUCUUCCGACAGCUCCAAUGGCGGCCGCUGCCAUCUCCUCCACGAUCUCCAUCUCCUCCACUAAACCCUCUCAUUCCUCCUCCAAAUCUCCCUUACCCAUUUCCAGAUUUGCCCUUCCCUUUCCCCUAAAUUACCAUAAACCCACCUCCUGCCGGGGUUGCCCUUCCCGCUCCAUCUCCUGUUCCUCCACUAAUGUCUCCGCCGCAGCGCCAACUUCUCCGGAAAAACCCGCCGUGACCCGCGAUUUCGCCUCUCGAUUCCGCCCCGAUGAGCCACGCAAGGGAGCGGACAUCCUCGUCGAGGCCCUCGAACGGCAAGGCGUUGAAACCGUCUUCGCCUACCCAGGAGGCGCGUCGAUGGAGAUCCAUCAGGCGCUCACUCGCUCCGCCACCAUCCGAAACGUCCUCCCGCGUCACGAGCAGGGCGGCGUCUUCGCCGCCGAGGGCUACGCUCGCUCCUCCGGGAGACCGGGCGUCUGCAUCGCCACCUCCGGCCCGGGAGCCACCAACCUCGUCAGCGGCCUCGCCGACGCUUCGCUCGACAGUGUCCCUCUCGUCGCCAUCACGGGUCAAGUCCCUCGCCGCAUGAUCGGUACGGAUGCGUUCCAGGAGACGCCGAUCGUAGAGGUAACGCGUUCGAUCACGAAACAUAACUAUCUUGUCAUGGACGUAGAUGAUAUCCCUAGGAUUAUUGAGGAAGCCUUCUUCUUAGCUACGACGGGUCGACCCGGACCCGUUUUGGUUGACAUUCCCAAAGAUAUUCAGCAACAGCUUGCGAUUCCCAAUUGGGAACAGCCCAUGAGAUUGCCCGGUUACUUGUCUAGAAUGCCCAAACCACCAGAAGAAGCUCACUUGGAGCAAAUCGUUAGAUUGAUUUCGGAAUCUAAGAAACCGGUGUUGUACGUUGGUGGUGGAUGUCUGAACUCGAGCAAUGAAUUGAAUAGAUUCGUCGAACUUACUGGAAUCCCGGUUGCAAGUACCUUGAUGGGACUUGGAUCUUACCCAUGUAACUGCGAUUUAUCCCUGCAAAUGCUCGGAAUGCAUGGGACUGUGUAUGCGAAUUACGCUGUGGAUAAAAGCGAUCUUUUGCUCGCUUUUGGGGUUAGGUUUGAUGAUCGUGUGACGGGUAAGCUCGAGACAUUUGCGAGUCGAGCUAAGAUAGUUCACAUCGAUAUUGACUCGGCUGAGAUCGGGAAGAACAAGACACCUCAUGUCUCGGUGUGUGGGGAUGUGAAGUUGGCAUUGGAAGGGAUGAACAAGAUACUCGAGAACCGAGCAGAUGAGCUCAAGAUUGAUUUUGCCCUUUGGCGGGAUGAGUUGAAAGAGCAAAAGCAGAAAUUCCCGCUGAGCUUCAAGACAUUCGGAGAGGCAAUUCCUCCUCAGUACGCGAUCCAAGUCCUCGAUGAGCUAACCGAUGGAAACGCCAUUAUAAGCACAGGAGUCGGGCAACACCAGAUGUGGGCAGCACAGUUCUACAAGUACAGGAAGCCUCGUCAAUGGCUGACAUCAGGAGGACUCGGAGCCAUGGGGUUUGGACUUCCUGCCGCCAUUGGAGCUGCAGUUGCAAACCCAGACGCCAUUGUUGUGGAUAUAGAUGGAGAUGGAAGCUUCAUGAUGAAUGUGCAGGAGUUGGCCACGAUCCGAGUAGAGAAUCUGCCAGUGAAGGUUCUUUUACUGAACAAUCAGCAUCUGGGUAUGGUUGUUCAGUGGGAAGACAGGUUCUAUAAGGCCAACAGAGCUCACACCUAUCUAGGGAACCCGGCAAAGGAGAAUGAGAUAUUUCCAGACAUGUUGAAGUUUGCAGAAGCAUGUGACAUUCCGGGAGAGAGGGUUUACAAGAAAGAAAACCUCCGAGGGGCGAUACAGAAGAUGCUGGAAACUCCGGGACCGUACUUGCUGGACGUGAUCGUUCCGCAUCAAGAGCACGUCCUCCCGAUGAUCCCGAGCGGUGGCGCUUUCAAGGAUGUCAUUACAGAAGGAGAUGGCCGGACAAAAUACUGAAGGGACCGAUCCCUUCUAUGCAUUAAGGUAACUUAAAUGGGUAUGUUUUUUCUUUCGUAGUGCUUGUGUUGAACUUGCGCGGUUUGGUAAUUGCUGUUAGUUUCUUUUCCUUAUAAACCGGUUUGGUUUUAGUAGUAAAAUUAAGACUUGGUUCGGUUUGUAUCAUCCAAUGGAUGGACAAAAUAAAUAAAAAGAUAUGGCAUCGAUUACCAAAUAUAGGUAAAACCUAAGUAGAAGAUUUGCAUGUACUGAAAUUUACGGAAAGAAAACCAGCAAACCAAACCGGUUAAAGUUUUGGUUUUCUUUCGGUUAAGAAAAUAAAUUUCGGUACAUGCAAGUCUCUACUCAAGUUUUAGCUAUAUUUCAUGGGCCUCUUGUGUAUAAAGUAUAAACUUGAGUUCAGUGUAUAUGUGUAUGUAUGUAUGUAUUUGAAGUCAUGGGCCAUGGAUGUCCAAUUCGAGAUAAUUAAUUCGUCGGUCGACUU